UUUUUUUUUUUUUGGAGGGGGCGGGGGGUGGAGGAAGCGGAAAGCGUGCAGAGUCGCCGGGGACCUUUCGGGUGAACCAUGUUGAGUCCUGCAAACGGGGAGCAGAUCCACCUGGUGAACUAUGUGGAGGAUUAUCUGGACUCCAUCGAGUCUUUGCCUUUCGACCUGCAGAGAAACGUCUCGCUGAUGAGGGAGAUAGACGCGAAAUACCAAGAAAUCCUAAAGGAAUUGGAUGACUAUUAUGAGAGAUUCAAGCGCGAGACCGACGGUACGCAGAAGAGGAGAGUUUUACACUGCAUACAGAGAGCCCUGAUUCGGAGCCAGGAGCUGGGCGAUGAAAAGAUUCAGAUUGUCAGUCAGAUGGUAGAGCUGGUUGAGAACCGGACAAGGCAAGUGGACAGUCACGUGGAACUCUUUGAGGCACAUCAAGAGAUCAGCGACACUACCGGCAACAGUGGCAAAGCCAGCCAAGAUAAAUCAAAGAACGAGACAAUCACGCAAGCAGAAAAGCCCAACAAUAAGCGGUCCCGACGGCAGCGCAACAAUGAGAACCGAGAGAAUGCGUCCAAUAAUCAUGACCAUGAUGACAUCACUUCGGGAACACCAAAGGAGAAGAAAGCAAAAACGUCGAAGAAAAAGAAACGCUCCAAGGCCAAGGCAGAGAGGGAAGCAUCACCUGCGGACCUUCCCAUCGACCCGAACGAACCGACGUACUGUCUGUGCAAUCAGGUCUCCUAUGGAGAAAUGAUCGGCUGUGACAAUGACGAGUGCCCCAUCGAGUGGUUUCAUUUCUCGUGCGUGGGACUGAACCAUAAACCAAAGGGCAAGUGGUACUGUCCCAAAUGCAGAGGGGAAAAUGAGAAGACAAUGGACAAGGCACUGGAGAAAUCCAAAAAAGAGAGAGCUUAUAACAGGUAGUUUGUGGACAUUGAUUUAAUAGUGAGGAAGACAGAAACAAACCAGUGUAUUUAUUCCCUUGCCACCUUUGUUGAGGUGUGAGGGUUGUAAAGUGUAUAUUUUUAAAGAAUGUUAGAAAAGGAACCGUUCCUUUUGUAGGGAUGGCAGUGAUUUUUUUUCUUUUCAUUUCAUUGGUACACGUGUAAUAAGAAAGUGGUCUGUGGAUCAACGUUUUAGAAACUACAAAUACAGGUUUGAAUUAAACGCUCAAAUGAGUCUCAGACUGAUUUUUUAAAAAAAAAAAAAAAAAAAAAACUUGGAAACAGCCUAACACAUUAAAAUGUGGAAAGAAAAUAUUUCAUUUAGCUAAUAUUUUAUUUUAAUAAAAAAAAUUAGGAACAGGUUUUUUUUUUUAAUUAGCUAGGCUGUUAAAAAUACAGUCCAUAGCAAAUUUGUUUCUUGCUACCGUAGUGUAUAUCCACCUAACAAUUCAGUAACAAACGUUUAAAGUUAGAAGAUUAUUUUUUAAAAAGGUAAAUGAUUAAAUUUUACAUGACAAAUAUUUUAUAUACUGGCCUGUUCCCCAAUCAGCCAUUUUUAAAUGAUUGAGUACAUUUUAUAUUAAGCCAAAUGGAAGUGGUUUAGUCACGGGACUUGAAAUCACGCUCUUGCUACCACAGGUCAUGGUGUAAAAAAAAAACCAUGACCACAGGUCAUGGUGUUGCAGUCUUUAAUUUAUGAGUUGUAUAAAUGUACAUUUCCAAGUAAACAUGCACUUGUAUUAUUAUAACGGGAGGUGCAGCCAAACGCUAUUGUGAAGCCAAGGUGUGUUUCCUCUGUACGUAUGAGAGCUGUGUAGAUGUGACGUUGAGAAAUAAAUGAAACUUGGCCAGUUUGUUCCUCUAGCAGUAUACUUAAUUUUGACAUAAGUAACUUUUAAAAUUCUGUCUUAUACACCAGCAGUUUAGACAAAGCCUUAAGCAAAUUCUGUAUUAGUGUCCUCACUUAAUAUUAGUAAAGAAGUAGAAGUUACCUAAUUGCCAGCGAGUAAGUGUCAAAAAAGAAUAUAUACUUAGACCAGGGUUGGAAGAUUACAGCCCAUGGAUGACCCAGUCUGACCCGCUACCUGUUUCUGUUCGGCCUGAGAGCUAGGAGUGGUCUUUACAUUUUUAAAUGGCCAAGAAGAAGAAUACGUUGUAACACAUGAAAGAAAUAUGAAAUUCAGAUUUCAGUCUCCAUAAAGUUUUAUUGGAACACAGCCAUGGUUGUUUGCUUAUGUGUUGUCUAUGGCUGCCUUUGUAUGUCCAGCAGGGUUGCAUAUUUGUGACAGAUCGUAUGACCCACAAAGCCUAAAUUAUUUUCUGGCCUUUUACAGAAAAUGUUUGUUGACCCCGAUGUAGACUAACACAUUUAGCAUGAUAGCAUGUCCUUGAAAAAAAAAAAAAAAAAGCCCAUGUUGAAAGGGUCACUCAGCUUUUCAUUUCUAAGAAAUAUGUGAUUAACUCUGAACGUGGUAAAAUUAAUUUCUGUCUGUAAUCUGUUUUACAUUAUCUAUGAAGCUACCACGAAGGAAAAUUGAGUAACCUUAUUGUAGAAUCUAAGGACCAAUAUGGCAUGUUUUUAUUAUAACUAAAACAAUAAAUUGUCUUCUGAUUAUUCGCUUUAUUUGAUAAACAACUAUCAAGAACUUUGUGUCAGAUAUAAAUUCUCUGAUACUUGGUUUACAAUGAGUUUCCAUGAUAGAGGGCUGUUGGUACAAAAUCAGAGUUGUAAAUCAUAUAUUGAAAUUUGAACUUUUUGCAUUUCAGUAUGUACCAAUAGGCAUUUACUUUCCAGUAAAGCUCUAGAACAUUUAAGAAUCUUGCGUGUUUAAGUUUGAUGAGAUUUUACCUAGAUAAACAAAGAACUGGGGGAAAAAGUUCACUAUGUGUUAAUAAGAGAAAAUAAUACUUGAUAAAUAUCCAGGAGCAAUAAAAACAAAGAAUCCUUAUAUAGAAUUCUGGUAUUUUACUGGUUUCUUACUUCUGUUUUAAUUGGAACUAAUAAUGAAAACUGAGUUACAGGAGCGAGGAGCCCGUGAACUCAGUUGCUAAUACGGGAUUUCUUCGUAUUUAUUCAGUGUUGGUGCAGACAGCUGUGUAGUGGAGAGAGACACAGAGUCCAGACUUCGCUGUGUUUAAAUUCUUUGACCCUGAGGGAUUUAAUCUCAAAUAAAUUGCUUAACUCUUGACCCACAGUUCUUCACUUUUCAAAUGUCUUAUUUCCUAUAGAGUGGUUCUAAGGAAUAAAUGAGAUUAAGUAAAUAAGGGACUGGUAUGUAGUUACUCAAAUGUUGGAUAUUUUCCCCUAACUUUAGUGAAAAUUCCAGUAAGGACAUAUAACUGACCAUUUUUUCUUUAAAAAUGUGAAACAUGACAGGCAAAUUUUCUUAAAUUGGUCAUUUAUUAAACUUUGUUAAUUAUAGUGGACAGCAAAAAAAAAGUACUUGUAACCAUCAAGAUUUAGGAUUUAGAUCAUUAUUAGAUACAAUAAAUUCCAGGCAACCCCCUGGGUGAGUUUACUGAAAAUGGGAUUGAAUUCUUUUGGAAAAAAAAAAAAGAGUGAAAAGCAAUCUUGAUAUUCAGUCUGUAUUUGUUAAUAAUAACCAAGUUAUUAAGGUUCAGAUAAAGGAUUUAAAAUGUUUCCAUUAGAAUGUACAACUUUGUAUUUUAAAUUGGACAUAAGAAAACUUGACUCAUUCCAUUAACAAGUAUUUAUUGAGCAUUGUGCUGCUGGGGCAGGCAGGGAGGGGGUGUAUUCCAGGUACUGGGAAGAAUACAGAAGUACCAGGGGAGACAGGGCCCUGCCCACAGAGACUUAGAUUUCAAUGAUUUAGAAAUUGUCCAGUGGUGAUGUUUUUGCGUGACUAGAUCUAUGUAGGAGCUCCAGUGGUGCCGUGAUUAAGCGCUCAGCUACUGACCAAAAGGUCGGCUCUUUGAACCCACCAACCACUCCGUGGGAGGGAGAUGUGGCAGUUAGCUUCUGUAAAGUUACAGCCUUGGAAACCCUAUGGGGCAAUUAUACUCUGUCCUGUAGGGUCACUAUGAGCGAGAAUUAGACUCAACAGCAGUGGGCUUUGGUUUUUUUUGUUUCAUUUUUGGUUUUUUAGAUCUGUUUCAGUCAUCUAUCAGUGAUUGCAUAUACUGAAGUAAUAAAACAUCAAAAUAAAAGCCAUUUUGUGAUUAGUAAAUAUUUAUUUUGGAGCCCUGGUGGGACAGUGGUUAAAAGCUUGGCUGCUAACCAAAAGGUUAGCAGUUCCAAUCCACGAGGAGCUCCUUGAAAACCCUAUGGGGCAGUCCUACUGUGUCCCGUAGGGUCACUGUGAGUUGGAAUCCACUCGGCGGCAAUGGGUUUAAAUAUUUAUUUUAGAAAAAGUAGAUAUUUUACUUGAAAUAUCCUUUUGUAUGUCAAGUUCUUGUAGUGUUUCAGUUAAAAUUUAUUAAAACAUUAAGCCAUUAGGCAAAAUUAUUUUCAAACUUUGUGCAGUUUUAAAGACGUGCUCUUGCAGGAGGUCCAGCUUUUCUCCACUGUUCUCCCUAAAAUCAUUUAUAAACCUUUGGAAUUACUGGCAUACCAUAGAACAAAACUUUGUGAAUACUGUCUGUCCCUCUCCCUCUGUGUUUUAGCUUGUAAUGCAUCCCUCUUUAAUCUUGAGAUUCAGGUAGUUUUAGGCAGUUUAGGAAGUAUAGACUUCUGGAUUUGUUUUAUCUGAAAAUUUUGGUAGUCACUACUUUUCUUGAGUCAACCAUGUUAGCUUUUUAUCCUCCAGGUUCUAAAUUUACAAGGAGCACUGGUGGCACAGUGGUUAAGAGCUUGGCUGCUAACCAAAAAGUCAGCAGUUCAAAUCCACCAGCUGCUCCUUGAAAACCCUGUGACAGUUCUACUCUGUCCUGUAGGGUCGCUAUGAGUUGGAACCCACUGGAGAGCACAUAAAACCAAACAACCAAACCCACUGCCAUUGAGUCGAUUCUGACUCACGGCGACCCUAUAGGACAGAGUGGAACUGCCUGGUAGAGUUUCCAAGGAGCGCCUGGCGGAUUUGAACUGCCAACCUCUUGGUUAGCAGCCGUAACACUUAACCACUAGUCCACCAGGCUUUCCGGACAGCACAUAACAACAAAUUUACAUGGAGCACUGGAAGAUAACAGUUAACAAGAAAGAGGUAGGAGAGCAAAUACAUGUAGCUAAUUCAGAAGGGCCUCCUGAGGUUUUUUUUUUUGGAGGGGCGACUCGACGGCACUGGGUGGCUGGGUUUUGUUUCAGAAUAUUAUUCGAUGUAUUUUCUCACAAAACACACUAUUGUGCUGUAUAAUCCCUACCUCCCCCCACCAAAAAAAAAAAAAAGCAAA